AUAAUCACCUCCCAAGGUCUCUUUAUUUUGAUUAAAGUGGUCAAGAAUUAUUUUUAAAAUACAAAUUUCUUUUUAUAUUUAAUAAAAAAAUACAGAUCCCAACUCCCAUUUGCGUAAAAUAGUGUUGAACCCACCAACCUCUUUCUCUCUCGAAACACUUUAGCUCAAAUCCCUCAAAUCAACGAAAUCGCCUAUAUCGACAUCACAACGAUCUACCAAAGGGUGUGAUGGAACAUGUUGAAGUGUGACAACAUAAUGGAAGGCGACCCAUUUAAGUACAAAGGAAACAACACAAAGGCGCAACUAAAAGGCAUGACUGUCCUGACUUCAUCAGCGGAGGUUGCAGAUGAAGAUGAAGAUUUGGGUGGUCACAAUUAUGUUCCAAGUCCAUCACUUGCUUCUGAUCAUGCUGGUUCAAGUGGAAUCAAAACUACAACCGACGCUUCCAAUGAUGAUGACCUGCGUGAGCUAGUUGUUGUGCUCGAGAAAAGUAUUUUGGAUACUGCUUCUUUUGUUAGAGAUAAGAGAUUAAGGAGAAUCGAGAAGAAUAACAAGAAGCAUCAAGAUGAAGUGCACCUCGGCAGUCCCCCUCGUAACCGGCAUCAAGUAAACCUUGAAGAACUUGCAGUCGUAGUGAUUGACAUUGUUGUAGUAGAUGAAAAAGUUGAAGAAGAGAAGAAAGAAGAAGAAACAAAAGAGGAGAAGACAACAGAUGAACAAGAUACGAAAAAAGAAGAAGAAGAAAAUAAGAAGAGGACAGCUGAAGAAGAAGCAGAAAAUAAGGAAAAACCAGAAGAAGAAGAAAAGCCAGAAGGAAGUUGAUAAAUAAGAAGUGGUUGUACAAAAGGACAAAAAUAUUGAAGAAGAGAGGAAAUUAGAAAAUGAGAAGAAAGAAGUCGAAGAAGAGGAGAAAAAACAUGAAGAAAAUAAAGUGGAUGUGAUGGGCAUUGUUAAGGAACUCAAUGAUGAUAACAUGUAGUUUGGUGGUUUGGAACAAACAAUUUUCUUAAUGAAUUGUUGUUUUUAAUAAUUUUUUAUGGUAAUUGAAUUACAUAUAUUUGGCAUGUCAAUGACAACAUUUACUGAUGAAAUUAUAUUCGGUUAUUCCAUUGUCUUA